CACCCUCCCACUUAGUCCUUACACCAUUCAACCUUCUAAAUUUCCAAACCCACCAAAAAUGAGAACCAUGUUUAGUGGAGCUGCAAUAGCUCUAAGCUUCCUCUCCCUCCUGUUACUCUCACCAGUUGCAUUCUCAGAGAAAUGCAACCCACAAGACAAGAAAGUUCUUCUCAGAAUCAAACAAGAACUCAACAACCCUUACCUUCUAGCCUCAUGGGACCCAAAAACUGAUUGUUGUGACUGGUACUGUGUCGAGUGCGACAUCAAAUCUCACCGCAUCACCGCCCUAAUCAUGCAAUCCUCCGUCCCAGACACAAAUCUCUCCGGCCAUAUCCCUCCUUCCGUCGGUGACCUCCCUUAUCUCCAGAAUCUCGAAUUCCACAAACUUCCUAGACUCACAGGCCCAAUCCAACCCACCAUAGCCAAGCUCAAAAACCUCAAAUAUCUUUUCAUCGAAUACACCAAUGUCUCAGACUCCAUACCCUCUUUCUUGUCUCAACUCAAAAACCUCCAGCUUCUUCAUCUUUCCACCAACAAUCUCACCGGCUCUAUCCCCAGUUCACUCUCCCAGUUACCUAACCUCGAGUCCUUACACUUAGACAGAAACAAGCUCACAGGCCCAAUUCCAGAAUCGUUCGGUUCAUUCAAAAAGCCCGGGCCGGAUAUCAUCCUAUCUCACAACCAGCUUUCUGGGCCCAUUCCAGCUUCACUAGGCCAAAUAGACCCAGAGAGGAUAGACUUAUCCAGAAACAAGCUUGAAGGUGAUGCUUCAGUGCUUUUCGGGAGCAAGAAAAGGACACAGAUACUUGAUGUUUCAAGGAACUUGCUGUCGUUUGAUUUGUCAAAGGUUGAUUUUCCGAAACAGAGUUUGAUAUGGUUGGAUCUGAAUCAUAAUAAGAUAUAUGGGAAGAUUCCAGUAGCGUUAACGAAAGUUGAAAAUUUGCAGCAGUUUAAUGUGAGUUAUAAUAGGUUGUCUGGUCAGAUACCGCAGGGUGGUGAAUUGCAGAAGAGGUUUGAUGUUUAUGCUUAUUUUCACAACAAGGGUUUGUGCGGGUCGCCGCUUCCAGCAUGCAAAAAGUGAUGGCUUAGCUAAGUUCUAAGUGAGUUUCUUGUAUGUUUUAAUAAAAUAACUGUUACUCCUAUUUGGGUACCAUUUGAAUAUGGUCAAUGUUAAACUGCUAAGUUGACCCGAUGCUGUAUUUCGUAUUUUCUAUGUGUACUUUUAUUUAGGUGAGGAUUGAGUUACCCCUCUUAAAAAAAGUUUGGUAAAAUCACCUUAUUAAUGUGUCAUUGGAUAGAAUAUGUUGUCUAUCAUUAACAUGUCAA